AUGGGAUUCCUUAAGGUUAUCAAGAAUAGAGCUUACUUCAAGAAAUACCAAACUCAAUUCAGAAGAAGAAGAGAAGGAAAGACUGAUUACUAUGCUAGAAGAAAGAUGAUCUUCCAAGACAAAGACAAGUUCAAGACUCCAAAAUACAGAGUUGUUGUUAGAAUUACUAACAAGACUGUUAUUGCCCAAAUUGCUUACUCAGAAAUUAUUGGUGAUAAAAUCCUUUGUGCUGCUUAUUCACAUGAAUUACCAAGAUAUGGAGUUAAAUUAGGUUUAACCAACUAUGCUGCUGCUUACUGCACUGGACUUCUUCUUGCUAGAAGACUUCUUCAAAAACUUGGUAUGGAUAAACAAUUUGUUGGAGUUUCUGAUGCUGCUAAACUCGGUGAAGAUUAUACCCCAGAAGAAGUUGAAGAAAGAAGACCAUUCAAAUGUAUUCUUGAUGUUGGACUUGCUAGAACUACUACUGGUUCUAAAGUCUUUGCUGUUCUUAAGGGAAUGUGUGAUGGUGGAGUUUACGUCCCACACUCUGCUACCAGAUUUGCUGGAGCUGGAGAAAAUGAAGAAGCCCUUAGAAGCAGAAUCCUUGGUGGACAUGUUGCUGCUUACAUGAAAUAUCUUUCUGGUGAAGAUGCUGACCUUUAUAAGAAACAAUUCGGUAGAUUCAUUGCUGCUGGUAUUGCUCCAGAAGCUCUUGAAAACAUUUAUAUCGAAGCUCAUAAGAAGAUUAGAGAAAAUCCAGCUGCUGAAAAGAAAGAAAAGAAGGAACACAAGAAAUACCCAACCUCUAAGAAACUUACUCUUGAACAAAGAAAGGCUGCUAUCCAAGCCAAACUCGCUAAACUUGCUCAACAAGCUUAA